AUGGCAGGUCCGUAUUUAUCACCAUUGGGUCCCCAGGCUGAUUUACUUACCGAAUAUAUGUUUGGAAGACGUCGUCAGGUCAGUAGACGCAAUCGGACGACCUUCACUCCACAACAGCUCCAAGAAUUGGAAUCACUUUUCCAGAAGACCCAUUAUCCAGAUGUUUUCUUAAGAGAAGAAGUCGCUCUUAGAAUUUCGCUCUCAGAGGCUCGUGUUCAGGUUUGGUUUCAGAAUCGGCGAGCAAAGUGGCGAAAACAAGCCCGAUUGCAAUUGUUACAAGAUGCAUGGAGAAUGCGAUGUUUGGGAUUAGGAAGUGCAGCACCUCUUCUUUUGAGGCCGCCACCCACAACCUCUUUGGAACGACCUGAUGCUGCGACACCACCACCACCACCACCACCACCCCCGCCACCUCCACCACUUUCUGCUUCUGCUACCAAUGGACCAUCUUUGACGGCAACCAAUGCUGACAAAAUAUCCGACACUUCAACUUUAUCUGUUUGCAGAGAUUAUAGAAUUCUUCCACCUCCUCACGGAUAUUCUUUGACAUGUGAAAAAUCUCCGGAGAGAAUGAAAUGUGGUUGUGGUUCUCCACCAAGAAUAUGCGGUAGUCCAAUAGAAAGAGAUAUUAAUUUAAGUGUUAGAGAUAGGCCGCAGGAGGCUGAAAUGGAUCUCACUGUGAAAGGUCCACCUCGACACACAUCGAUUGCCACUUUAUUUCAUCAAUUACCCCAGCAAGAACUCAGUCCUUCGCAAAAUAUCGAUGAACCUUUGGACGUUACACUUAAUGCUAACAAAAAUAAUUAA